ACAUCUAACACAAUUUUCCAACUCAUAUGGAAACAGGGUUUGUACUCAUAAUCAGAUGGUGCAAAGUUGGAUUGAGUCGAUAUGAAUUCAGACAAUGUCUCAUGAGACGAAAGAUGGUGCCUCUCGUGAAAGACUUAAGAAAGAGCGCACACCAGGCUUGGUCUUCCCUUCUUAUUUAUACGCUCCCUGAUGGCCUGAUUGUAGCAUAACAACUUAUGUAACUGUCCAAUGUUCAACUAUCACCCCACAACAGAACUAGCACUUGGUCAGGGUGACUUGACCUCUUCUGUCGUGUCCCUCGCUAUGCGCACUUGGUCAGGGUGACUUGACCUCUUAUGUCGUGUCCCUCCCGAUGCAUUCAGUUUAGAGGUAACCCUAAGACAGAAAUUUUCCACUACAUGAUCUAAAAUAGAGAACCAUUCAAAUUUCUGUAGACAUAUUAGGUAUAUUUGUGUAACAGGGUCAAUUAUGUCAUGUAAAUAAUGUAUUUUAUCACUCGGCCAUUCUAAAAAGAAAUUACUGUGUUAUAAACUGGGACAGCCUUCACACAUUUGCAGACUUAAAAGUGGCCUAUAAAGUACUGCAUGAAUUGGCUCCAAAUCCACUGGCAGAGUUCAUCAGCCAAAGAAACAGCAGUGACAUGUCACUCGGGACUAUGUCAGAGGUGACUGUUCUAUUCCUCUGUGCAGGAGCACUUUCAGUAAGUCGGCCUGGUCAGUAAGAAGCGCAAAUGUGUGCAACUCCGUACCUGAGGAGGUUAAACUGGUGACAACUAGGGUUGGGUAUCGAGUAUCGAUUGGAACCGGGACUAACUUUCCGAUUCUCCCGAAAUCGUUCAAAAGUUUAAAUUUCCAUUCCUAGUUUUGAUACCCAGUCCACCGACCGGAAGAAGAAGCCGCUGAACACCAACGAAGAAGCGCCCACCGGCGGAAGUGUUAGCAUAGUUGUCUAUGCAGCCGAGUGAGUCAGUCAGGCAUGGAUAGCGGGCGUCAGUGGUCGAAAGUGUGGCUUUAUUUUACAAAAAAAAAUGAAAUAUCGGCGAAAUGUAACACGUGCGACAGGACUGUUUCGUGCUCAGGAGGGUGCAUGUCGAACAUGAUGAAGCACCUCCGAGUUCAUGGAGUACAAAUAAAUGCGUGUCCCGUCUUCGAGGCCCUGCGCCGACCGUCCUCCUCUACCUCUUCGUCUGGCUCUGGCUCCGGCUCCCAGCCUGGCACCUCGGUGACUGCACUGCAGUCCAAAUCCGACAGGCUCCGGGAUGUGCUCAGCGUACUCCGUUCACCGUAGCGGCAAUGGGGAAGAUGUCGGUGCCACAGACGGAAGAGUGCCACAGAAAGGUCACUGCGCACAUAGUCAAAAGACUGCAUCCCUUUUCAGAGGUGGAAUCGCCGACAUUUGGGGAUAUGGUGAAAACUCUCAACCCAAAAUACAUACCACCUUCCAGGGACUACGUGUCAAACACAUUGAUCCCGGCAUGGUACGAGAAGAAUCGAGAAUCGUCAGGAAUCGGAAUCGAAACAAAGAAUCGGAAUCGUUCGAAUUCAAACGAUACCCAACCCUAGUGACAAUUGUAGAAUAAUUAUAUAUAUUAUCAUCAUAAUUAUAUGCUUAAGGGCCGUUACUAUAAAGUAUUUUAAUGAGUGUACAAAGCCUCAUGUCAAUUAAUGAGUGUACAAAGCCUCAUGUCUGAGAGUUCAGAGUUGUCUGAGAGUUCAGAGUGUACCAAACAUACAGGAAACGUCCUGACCUCAAUUUGGCUCAGUGUGCCAAACACUGCACCUACAGGAAACAGAUGUUUGAACAAUAACGAACAUAACAGGAAACCAAGCAAACACUGCACAUACAGGAAACAGAUGCUUGAGCAACAACCAACAUAACAGGAAACCAAGAGUAGUUCCUAGACACGAAACACAUAGCAACAGACGUCAGUCCGUAGACUGACCAAUCAGAUAACUACUGGCACAGUGUAUACAAGCUGCUGUACAACAAACUCUCAGACAGAUCGCUUUGGGUUUUACUGGUACUGCUGUUCAAGUGUACUAUACGAUCUCCGCUCUCUGCAGACUGCGUUCAAUAAAAUACUUCUACUUGACUCAACUUCUGCCUCAUCGAAUUGUUUUCCUGCUCCCGGCCCGGGUGAGACGGCACUAAAAAUGUGUCUCAACAGAGUUCAGAGUUGUCUGAGAGUUCAGAGUGUACCAAACAUACAGGAAACGUCCUGACCUCAAUUUGGCUCAGUGUGCCAAACACUGCACCUACAGGAAACAGAUGUUUGAACAAUAACGAACAUAACAGGAAACCAAGCAAACACUGCACAUACAGGAAACAGAUGCUUGAGCAACAACCAACAUAACAGGAAACCAAGAGUAGUUCCUAGACACGAGACACAUAGCAACAGACGUCAGUCAGUAGACUGACCAAUCAGAUAACUACUGGCACAGUGUAUAUAAGCUGCUGUACAACAAACUCUCAGACAGAUCGCUUUGGGUUUUACUGGUACUACUGUUCAAGUGUACUAUACGAUCUCCGCUCUCUGCAGACUGCGUUCAAUAAAAUACUUCUACUUGACUCAACUCCUGCCUCCUCGAAUUGUUUUCCUGCUCCCGGCCCGGGUGAGACGGAAAGUGCGUCUCAACAAUUUUGGGGCUCGUCCGGGAUACAGGGAGUUGUGAGGAAAACAUCGAGAGGACCAUUCGGACCUAAACAUUUUCUUCAUGGACAAAGGACAAAGACACUAGCCGGCACUUACAAAUAAGGUAAGCAGAAACCUGUUAAAACAAAUUCUGCAUAUUGGAAACUACUAAAAUAGUGUCCUGUCCUAUGUACUUGUAAGAAAACAUAAAAACUAAAAGAGUCAGUAGAAGUGUAAAUCUAAAAUAACUUCGAUACAGGAGGAAUACACAGUAACAUCGAGAGUGGCGUAACUCCACCUGAGAUCCGACGGGGUCCAGGAGCGGUUAGUACCGCGGGUGGGUUAGAGUCCCGGGGGUUGAGGUCCCUAAAUUCUAGUUGUUGUUACGAUAUGAAAACUCCAAAAACGUUUGGGAAAAUAGGUUUAUAAACCUUGGAGGGAUUGAAAUAUCGCUGUAUAAAACUCCUCAAAACAACAAAAUAGGUUGUUUUACGUGGGAAAAAUGAGGGGAGUAGAAAAAUACAGUCGAAGGAAACUGUAGUUGAAAACAGAGACUGAGUAGUCUUUCGAUAACACAACUUUAAGCUAAAGAAAAUACUGUGUGGGUAUCGAAUGUGUAUGUGACACUAACUUUGUGUGUGUAUUUUAAGUGUUGUUAAGGUAAGAAGGGAGGUGGAGAGAAUAAGACUCUGAGUAAAUCGUUGUGUGAAUACUCGUGUGCUGGGUCUGCGGCUGAUGAACUGACGGGAUACCUAACGGUGUAAACGAACGUCGUUCAUUCGCUACAGUUUAGGGCAGGGUGGGCGGUGAAUACCGUCCAUAUCUGACCAACAGACACGCAGCGAGGGCUAAAUCACCCAGUUGAUAAGCGAGACAUCUUAUCUUUGGAGUAAACGCUGUGGUUUUUGUGAUAGGACACCCAGUGGGAGACCGGACCGACCUUUAGGGCCGGCCUAGAAGCUUGUCUCUCAGAGAACCGCAGUGGGCUAACGCAGCUAUCUCCGGGAAGAUUGUUGUCGCAAUAAAACUGUGGAGCUCAGAGUCUAGUUAAAAAAUGGAAGGAGAGUUUGAUAGAGAAAUAGAUGAUGAUGGAUGGGGCCCGGUCAGCCCAUAUGUCACCCUAUUGACCCAAAUUGGAUCCACAGCUAAUGCCCUAGCUGCCACAUCAAAGCCAACAGAUAAAGAGAAGAAAGUAACAAAAGCAAAACAAAAAUUAGAACAACUUAUUCAGGACAUGGGGAAAACAUUGGAACAUAUAGGGCCCUUAGGACAAUUGAUACUUGAUAAGAUGAACACAGCCGCUGUAAAGAGAGAUGAAGCGGAAGAGCAGGGAAAGAUUGCAGGUUUGUUGCAGAACUCCAGUUGGAGGAAAAAGGAGCGCGACUGGAAGAGGGAGCGACGGGAGUGGGCUGAACUGUUGAUCUGCUGGCAAAGCACCAAACAUCUGCACCAAAAGGAGCUUCACUCCAAAUCGGUAACUGCACCUCAUGUCCCCACAUAUCCUCCACCCUAUGCGCCUCCAACCCACGGCAUGUAUCCCACAUUUUACAUUGAAAAAGGCACACUGAACAUUGAUCCGCCUGGCGGUCACGUAACCGACAAAGAAUGUAGCUCGGACAAAAUCUCGCUGCGCUCCAUUAAAUCCUCUACACCUGCGAUGGUCUCACUGCCAUUUCCACCGGCUCCUCCCUUAUCAGCUGUAGGUAAACCACCUCAAACUAUUGUAGUAACUGAGUCCGAGGAGGCUGGGUACACUGAAUUUAUGGAUGGACAACUCAGAGAGAGAUUUAAAGAAAAACAAGAAAGGUUUUCACAAGAGGCAGAAAGACAAGCUGCAGAAAUGAAAACUUUCCUCCAAGACCAGGUAGAAAGCGCUAAAAAACAGUUAAGUGGUAUUGCUUCCCUUAGAGAUAUAGGACAGUGGGAAGCAGAUAAAGAGCAAGAUCUCUUGAUACAAUUAGAUGUCGAAUUGAACCAGUUGGAUCAGGCUUCGAGGGAAGGUCAUGAUAGCCGACAUCUGUUGACAAGCCUGCUUGAGCAAAAUGAAGGAACAGUAGAGGAAGCGAUGGGUGUGUUAGACAGGCAGCGGGAAGAACGUCGACAACGCCGAGAGCUAAUUGCUCCGGUGGCUGACUUAUUAAGAAAGAAAAGAGCAGAAGACCCUACUGCAGAUACGCACCCAUAUAACCUGAGGUCUGGCUGGCAUGUUGCAUCUGCGUACCCACUUGUGCCCACAGCUCAGGGACAAGUAGCCAGGUAUAAACCAUUCUCUUUUGGUGAUGUGCAAGCAAUGGUAGAUAAAUUACCUCCUGUAACCGAUGGAGGAGGGCUGUGGAUGAAUAAAUUAGACACCUUAACAGCCGGUCACACUCUGGCAUUGGGAGAUUUCCGCGCUGUUGCUGCUCGGUGCAUGACCCAGACUAAUCUUAGAGAUGUAGAGACGGACGCAAAAACUCUAACACUGUCCGAUGAGGUCAGAUUCAUCCAACUAUGCACUGCUCUUGGUGCUGCAAUGCGUAGUCAUUUCCCACUGCCUAAUUCAGCCGUUAUGCCUAAAAUUAGAUGGGACCCCAAACAAAACCCCAGGCAGUUUUUAUGUGAAGCCAAAGAGGCCUGGACCAAUCAAACCGGCCAGUACCCCGGUAACACUGGGUCACAGGCUGAGUGGUUCCGACAAGCAGUUCUGAGUGGAGUGCCUGAGUCAGUGCAAACAGCCAUGAAAAGUAACCCUGACAUGUUAGGAUGUCAACUUUGUACAUGGGAGAAGCAUCUCGUUCAUCACCUUACCACGGCUCAAGACAAAACACAACAAGAUGAGAAAGACUAAGCAGAUUUGCAGGCACAAUUACUGAAAUUACAACUAGCCAAAGCUAGUGAUGACUUAAACGACAAAAAGAAGGGCAAGAAAGAUCAGGUCAAGGUUAUGUCUCAAACUGUACAGCAGUGGGACGGCGAUAACGUUCAGGAGUCUGGGACGCCACAUUUCAGAAGAGGGGGAGGACAAAAUAGGGGAAGGGGAGGCCCACGGGUUGGAGGAAGGAGAGGGUUUUCAGGGGGAAGGCCUCAAGGAGGAAACCAAGGCUGGUUCCUGUGUGGGGACUCCUCCCAUUGGGUGAGGGAGUGCCCAUAUAACCCUGCUCAGUCACAAAGAGGGUUUCCACAGAGAGGAGGAGUUCAGAACCGGGGAGGAACACACCCUCCUCAGUCUCAAGGGAGAGGACCCGCACCACAGUUCCCCUUGUGGCAAGACACUGAGUGACACGCCCCACGGAGAAGCCCUGGACAGCACCUUACGGCAGAACCGGUGCUGUCAGUGACAGUAAAUCAGGACUUGCUGCCUUUCUUAGUGGAUACCGGUGCUACCGUCUCCACUAUCAAGACUGUGGAAAAGAAGCUGCUUACAUCAGACGUCAUAACAGUCAUGGGUUUCUCUGGGGUUCCUACUACGCUGCCUUACACCAAGCCUCUCACAACAAGGCUUGGCAAUCAGACUGUGUUGCAUCCUUUCAUCUACUCCCCUGAGGUACCUUCCAACCUGCUGGGGAGAGACCUCCUGACUCGAUUGGGGGCUACUAUUCUCUGCUCGCCUGACGGACUAACAGUCUCAUUCCCUGAUGGAACAUCUCUACCCUGCGCCAGUAUUGAGUCUUCACAUUCAAGCCAAUACAUGAUUCAGCCAGUUGCAGACAGAUCGGCUGACAUCUACUGGGGUCUCCUACACAGUGAAACUAGUGAUAAAGGUGGAAUCCUGUCGGCUUACCUGACUUGGAAACCCUGGAUCUCCCAAAUACACCCCUAUGUGGCCCCUCCUGACCCUCCACAUAUGACAUUGUUUUAUGAUAGAGAGGAUACACAGUGGUAUGAGGAACAGUUUAGCAGGGACAUAGAGGGUACUAAUUGGGCUCUUUCCACUAAUAACAUUUAUGUGGCUCCCAUAGGUGUAGCGGCAGAAGUUUCUCUCACCCCAGAACAACUACAGUGGUACAUGAUGAGUGACGAGGCUUCCCCCCAUGUGUCUUUAGCCUUACAUCCAGAGCACCAAGCCAAAUAGCUGGCUUCUAUAGUUAGAACAGCACAACUGCAAACUGAUUGGCAGAGGGUUGGCUCUUCGUUGUGGUAUUCACCCGCAACUCAAAUCUACAAAAUACAGGUUUCUUGCACUGACCACGCUCUCCUUGAACACGCUCAAAUCUCCCGCCACCAUGGCCGAGAGAAAACAGAUCACCCCGAAGCACCAUUGUUGUUAGAUUCACUGCCUGACUCACUAUGGUCCACUGGGCCCACGGAUGUUGGCCUAGUCGACUGCCCCCCAGUUACUUUCAAGCUGAAAAAUGACAACCCAGUGUGGGUGCCCCAAUACCCAAGUAAAAAAAGACGCCAAAAUCGGCAUUGCAGAUACCAUUGAAGGUCUAUUUGAAAAGGGGGUGUUGGUAGAAACAUCCUCGGAAUGGAACACUCCCAUAUGGCCCAUUGAAAAGAAGGGCACUGGUAAAUAUCGCAUGGUUCAUGAUCUGAGGGCCAUUAACUCUGCGUUAUGCACACAAACCAUCCCUAGUUCCCAACCCUUACGUUGCGUUGACUAAUCUUGAUCCUAGCCACCAAUGGUUCACCUGUAUCGACCUCACUAAUGCAUUUUUCUGCCUACCACUAGCCGAAGAAUGUAGAAACAUUUUUGCCUUCACCUACCGAGGGGUCCAACUGACCUAUUCUCGUCUUCCUCAGGGAUUUGCCCUAUCCCCUGGCCUAUUUAAUCAGGUAUUAAAGGAUGUUUUGACGGAUUGUGCUACCACCUGGAAUAAAAAACAUUGCACUAACUGAGGCGCACGGAGUGGGACAUGUCGGGGCUGCACAGAUGCAGAGAAACCUCGAAAAUUGGUGGCACCCAUUUUUGAAAGAUAUGUGUAAAUAUCAUGUACAUACUUGCCCUGAAUGCACCAUGUAUAAUGCACGACCAACAGUCAGACCGCAUCCUGGACGUUUCCCUCUCGAGACGAAAACAGGGAAAGAAAUCAUCAUAGAUUACACAGCUAUGGUGAACUCAGUAAAAGGGUACAGGUAAAUGUUGGUAUGUGUGGAUGCGUAUUCAGGUUGGUCAGAGGUACUCCCUACAAAAAGGGAAGACAGUAAGACAGUGGUGAAGUUUUUGGUAAACCAGUACAUCCCCAGACAUGGUUUUCCUGAGAAAAUCCGAUCAGAUAAUGGUACACAUUUCAAAAACCAUGAUCUGCAAAAGGUUGAAGAAAUACUGGGGUUGAAACACUCAAAUCUAAAUUGGCAAAAAUCUGUGCACAGACCAAAAUGAAUUGGCUAGAUGCGCUACCCCUUGCCCUCAUGUCUGUUCGAAGCUCAAUAAACCAAAGCACGGCCUUUACUCCCUUUGAGCUGACCACAGGCAGGAGGUUUCCAGGGCCCCAGUCCAAGCUUAUUAGAAUCAAAGGUGAUGAUCAGUCAUUAACCCACACGCAGUAUUUCCAUGCUUUACAAGCCCUUGUUGCAGAGUAUGCCAAGCAGGUGGGGGAGAGAAACAAGGAAGACACAGCGGCCCCACCAAGCACAGAGUGGGUCCUACUGAAGGUGCUCAAGCGAAAGUGGACCGAACCCAGGUGGACGGGUCCAUAUCGAGUGACUGAACGCAUCUCGCAUGCUGUUCGGCUGAACGGCAAGGGAGACACGUGGUUCCACUGGAGCCAGUGUGCAGCGGCGGACGCCCCUGCACGCACGUUGAGAGAGACACGUACCGAGUUACGUGAACAACAACAACGGGAGAAGACCACCAAUCAACAAGGGGCAGAAUAAUCCCCUGGUGGCAACAGGGUGAGGUAGUCUACCCAAAAUCCCUGUGGGAGGAGGUGAAAUAGCGCUCCUCUCCUACACGUGGUGUGCCAAACCACCAACCAGAUUCGUCGAGGGACCAAGAAGAUCGUGACAACCAUCGACCUCCUUAUUCUCUGUUGGUUUGGGGUACUCAUGGUCUUUCUUUGAGCCCUGAUACAUCUGUCCAUCACGGGUACAACUCAAGUUUAAGGUGCCACUAAGUAUUAGUACUUAGUCGAAUUUACAUAUUAUACAAUGUUUUGAUUUGUGAUCUCUUUAAUAGAGAUCAAAAGGGGGAUUAAUGAGUGUACAAAGCCUCAUGUCUGAGAGUUUAGAGUUGUCUGAGAGUUCAGAGUGUACCAAACAUACAGGAAACGUCCUGACCUCAAUUUGGCUCAGUGUGCCAAACACUGCACCUACAGGAAACAGAUGUUUGAACAAUAACGAACAUAACAGGAAACCAAGCAAACACUGCACAUACAGGAAACAGAUGCUUGAGCAACAACCAACAUAACAGGAAACCAAGAGUAGUUCCUAGACACGAGACACAUAGAAACAGACGUCAGUCAGUAGACUGACCAAUCAGAUAACUACUGGCACAGUGUAUAUAAGCUGCUGUACAACAAACUCUCAGACAGAUCGCUUUGGGUUUUACUGGUACUACUGUUCAAGUGUACUAUACGAUCUCCGCUCUCUGCAGACUGCGUUCAAUAAAAUACUUCUACUUGACUCAA